AUGGAUUACGAUGCGAUGAUGUUAGAUACGGAGGCGUCCGGGCCUAUCGUGAAGAUUCCAGUUAUUGCGCCGCAUUCGGUCGAUUUCGAAUUAUCAAACGUGGAUCUGGCUUUCGCGAACUCGAUACGACGGGUCAUCAUGGCUGAGGUCCCUACAAUGGCAAUUGACCUCGUAGAAAUUGCGGCGAACACAUCGGUACUAGCAGAUGAAUUUAUCUCGCAUCGGUUGGGGCUUAUUCCAUUAAACUCAAAAAAUGCAGACAGUAUCGAAUACUCACGGGACUGUGAUUCUUGCGACAACUACUGCGACAAGUGCAGCGUUACUCUUACGUUGCACGCGCGAUGUACAGGAGAUGAGAUUAUGAAAGUCUACGCACGGGAUCUGGUAGUUGAGGCCGUAUCUGGGAAUGGAGAUCUAGGAAGUCCAGUGAUCACAGAUCCAGAGGGGUUAGGCACUGUUAUUUGCAAGCUGCGCCAGGGCCAGGAACUGCGCAUGAAGUGUAUUGCAAAGAAGGGAAUCGCAAAAGAGCAUGCCAAGUGGGCACCAGUAUCUGCUGUAGGUUUCGAGUACGACCCACAUAAUAAGCUGAAGCACGUCGAUUUGUGGUAUGAGGAGGAUGCCGCAGCAGAAUGGCCUGAAAGUGAAAAUGUCAAAUGGGAAGAACCACCACAAGAAGGCGAGCCGUUCGAUUACGAUGCAGUGCCCGAACGAUUUUAUUUCGAGGUAGAGAGUGUCGGAAACCUGGAACCAGAUGCCAUCAUUCAGCAGGGAAUCAAAGUCCUACAAGAAAAGCUAGCAUCGGUCAUUGCAGCCUUGACUGGUGAGGGCGAGGGUGGCGCAAAUGGAGCUGAUUACGAACCACCACGAAGUCCGGAUAUUGGUGGCGGCGCGAAUGGCGGUGGAUGGGAUAACCAGGGCUACACGACACCAUUUGGAGCUGCGAAUGGUGGUGGAUGGGGAGGAACUGGAGCUGCGACGCCUUAUGGAGCCACUCCAUAUGGACAAAGUGGAACUUGGAAUUGA